AUGCCAUCCUACACCACCACCGUCCCGCUCAAGCCGGCGCACAAUGUCGGCACGCCCUCGCCCUCUCCCCCUCCUCUUCGUGCGCUGAGCGCAGAGCGAGGCAGCUCGUGGUGGCGCUCGCCUCGUCAAGCCCCUUGCCGUCGUCGCCGCCCCAGCUGCGCGACCUGGACGCGCUGGAGCGCACUCCAACAAGGGAGGAGAAGAAGGCCGAGAAGAAUGCGUGUGCAGACCAAGGCGCACCGCAUUGAGCUGGGUGCGCGCGCAAGAGCCGCUGCUGCAGCCCUCCCCCGCCGUAACAGUAUAAUAUCCAAAUCUCCAGACACAAUAAUGUCGAGCUCGAAGUCAAAGUUUAAGCGUGGCAUGGAUGAGGCUGAUAGUCAAAGUAGCGAUGCCCCCCACGCCGCCGAAAGAUUGAGGAGACCCCGGUCACCCCCUCGCCUGCUCCCUCCUCCUCUUUCGACGUAUACGUAG